UGGAGUACAUGCGCUGGCUUUUUCUUGUUUGGCUGCCUUGCCGUGAAACGUUUGAGUAGAAAAAAAAAAUGAUCAAUUGUAAAGAAUGACCAAACCGUUUAGGUAUUUGUUUUAGUUUCUAUGAGGAAACAAAAAAAAGGCUGUAACUUGCUCUGGUUAUUCCUGACUGACGGGUUGGAUACUUUGGAUGGUUUGAAAAAAUCGUUUUCACUGACUUACUUCCUACCUACAAUAUCAAAACCAGAAAGUCACAGUACUGCGCAGAAAUGGCUACUACUGCCAAUCUAGUCAGCAAUGGAAACAUACAUCGACAUAACCAAAACAUCAAUACCUUUAAAAGUGAUGCUUAUGUGAGAAGCGGAUUUAGUAACCACUGUAGUAAGCACAACGGCAAAGCAAAUGGAGGCUUAGACAAACGUCCAUUUAAAGAAUCCUUUGACCAGGCUCCGCUGUAUGUUGCCGUUCUAACAUAUGUGGGAUUCGGAGUCGUUACACUGUUUGGGUACUUCAGGGACUUUCUGAGGGCCUGUGGCCUAGAAAAAUGUAACCUUGCGCAAGAAAGGGAGGAACAAAAGGAUUUUGUACCACUUUACCAAGAUUUUGAGAACUUUUACACAAGGAAUCUGUACAUGAGGGUGCGAGAUAACUGGAACCGGCCAAUCUGCAGUCUUCCAGGCCCACAGUUUGAUCUGGUGGAACGUGUUUCUGACGACUACAACUGGACUUUCAGAAACACUGGAAAAACUAUCAAAAAUGUAAUUAAUAUGGGUUCGUACAACUACCUGGGCUUCGCAGAAAACAACGCCAACUUCUUGACGACUGUGGCAGACACAACAAGACAGUAUGGCGUCGGAGUCUGCAGCACCCGGCAGGAAAUGGGCAACCUUGACAUCCACAAUGAACUGGAAGACCUGGUGGCAACGUUUCUGGGAGUAGAAGAUUCUAUGACAUUUGGAAUGGGCUUUGCUACCAACUCCAUGAACAUUCCAGCACUAGUUGGCAAGGGCUGCCUCAUUUUAAGUGACGAGUUAAACCAUACCUCUCUUGUCCUGGGAGCAAGACUAUCGGGAUCCACAAUCCGCGUUUUUAAGCACAACAACAUACAGAGCCUAGAGAAGUUACUGCGAGACGCCGUUGUGCACGGUCAGCCUCGAACUCACCGGCCAUGGAAGAAAAUCCUCAUCCUAGUUGAGGGCAUUUACAGCAUGGAGGGUUCGGUUGUGCGGCUGCCAGAGAUCGUAGCUUUAAAGAAGAAGUACAAAGCUUAUCUGUACUUGGAUGAGGCUCACAGCAUUGGGGCAGUGGGGCAGACGGGCCGUGGGGUCACAGAAUAUUUUGGAUUAGAUCCUUCAGAUAUCGACGUAAUGAUGGGUACCUUCACCAAGAGCUUUGGAGCAGCUGGGGGAUACAUAGCUGGCAAAAAGGAGCUGGUAGACUUUUUGCGUGCCCAUUCACACAGCUCUGUCUAUGCUACCUCCAUGUCGCCACCUGUCACCAAACAGAUUCUGAGGGUCUUGAAGUGCAUCAUGGGACAGGAUGGAACGACAAUGGGUAUCCAGAGAGUGCGCCAGCUAGCAGAAAAUAUAAGGUACUUCAGACAGAGGCUUCAGGAGAUGGGCUUCAUCAUAUAUGGGAAUGAAGACUCUCCUGUGGUUCCACUGCUGCUCUACAUGCCUGGGAAAGUAGGGGCCUUUGCAAGGGAGAUGUUGAAGAAGAACAUUGGGGUGGUGGUGGUGGGGUUCCCAGCCACUCCCAUAACAGAGUCCAGGGCUCGAUUCUGUUUGUCUGCUGCUCAUACCCGCGGGAUGCUGGACAAGGUUUUAAACACUCUGGAUGAUCUGGGUGAUUACCUAUCGCUGAAGUAUUCCCGCCAUAGCAGGUCAACCCAGGACAGAACUCUAAGACAAAACUCAGUGAUUAAUCAUUAAACGACGCCAUUUUUUUUGGAGCACAGGGAAAAACUAAGACUGAAGGAAUUUGAAUAUGGUUUUCUUCCUGCUUUUGGGAAUUUGUAUAUUUUUUUAUCAACUCAUCUCUUGAAUGGAAUAAGGCUGCAACACAACAUUAUACUGUAUAUGUGUCAUAAAUGGAUAUGCUGCACAGAAAUAUCCAUAUGGAAUUUUGGAGUUCUGUAAAAACAUCUAUGUUGUGUGGCUCUUUCAGGAAAGAGGAAUAAAAUAUAAGCCUGGGAUGGGCCCUUUUUAGGCUGUACACAUAAAAACAAGACGUGCUUAAUCGUCAGAAACUGCACAGAACAAAUAUUUUUAUGACUUGAAACACUGCAGGUUUAUGGUUUGUUUUUGACAUAUUUUAAUAAUUUUGUUAAAAUGUAGAUGUAUAUCUAUGCUCAAAGACAAUUUGAUAUGUCUCUGAGGUUUGUGCCUUUAUGAUAAAUGUGCCUUUUUUGAAAAAUGAAAGGUAAAAUUAAGAAUUUAGAGGCUAGAAUAUAAAUGGGUAAGCCUUUGCUAACAAAACGUUCACUCAUGAGUUAAAGAUUGUUUACUCACCUUCCACUGUGAUUAUCUUUUUUUGUGAGUAAAGCUUAAACUAGUGGUUUAAAAACACUAUACCAUUAAAUAAACAAAGAUUAUGUUCUGUUCUGGAAGUACUUAUUGUAUUACUUGUAUUGUAACACUUGAAAUGUUUUUGCUUGCGAUUGUAAGUCGCCCUGGAUAAGGGCGUCUGCUAAGAAAUAAAUAAUAAUAAUAAUAAUAAUAAUAAUAAUAAUAAUAAUAAUAAAUAAUGGUUCAGUUUGUUAUCUUAUGUGUGUUCUGAGAAACUUGAGAUGCUCUAGAACAGGUUUCAAUGUUGUAUGUGCUGUGCAUACCUAAUUUACAUUAAGUUGCAUUUGGCUUUCCCUGCAGAAAUGUAUAAUUGGCUAUGUUUACAAUGACUUAUGGCACCCAGAAUGGAACAUUCGUUUUCUAUAAUUUUUAUGUCAUCGUACUACAGUUUUUUAAAUUUUAGAAAUGGAAUGGCUGGAGGGGUUAGUCCAGUGCCAAUUUGGUACAACUAACAUUGUUCAAUAAAAAAUUUGUCUAAUUCAAGAGAUAAAGUAAGGAUAACUGAAGUCUCAGCAACAAGUUCAGCUCUCUGUUUAGAUCAAUCAAUAAACCCUUAGCUUACGAUCUUAAGGUCAUUGACUCAGAUCCUGCUGUUGAAAAAAUUUAAUACAAAAUAGUUAACUUACAGUGCCGUGAAAAAGUAUUUGCCCCCUGUCUGAUUUUCUGCAUUUUUGCACAUUUUUCACAUUGUAUUUGGUCAGAUUUGUUUGUGGGUUGUAGUAGUAUAUAGAGAGAGUCUGAGAGAAAAAAAGUUAUUCUUUCAUUUGUCACUGAGUUGAAGCAGUUCUGCAUGGAGGAGUGGGCCAAAAUUCCUCCACGGCGCUGUGAGAGACUAAUCAAUAACUACAGGAAGCGUUUGGUUGUUAUUGCUGCUAAAGGUGGCGUAACCAGUUAUUGAGUCUCAGGGGGCGAUUACUUUUUCACACGGGGGCAUUGGGUGUUGAAUAACUUUCUUUAAUAAAUAAAUGAAAUAUGUAUCAAUUUUUUGUGUUAUUUGUUCACUCAGGGUCCCUUUUAUCUAAUAUUAGGUUUUGGCUGAAGAUCUGAUAACAUUCAGUGUCAAAAAUAUGCAAAAAUGCUGAAAAUCAGACAGGGGGCAAACACUUUUUCAUGGCACUGUAUAAUAAUAGUUAUAGCCUCCCCUUGUAAAUUAAUUAAUUUAAAGUGAAGAAUCGUACACAUUUUGUCAGACACAUUUUUGUUUUUUUUAAUGAAGUUCAUGCUACAGUGUAGCAAUUCUGAUAGUCGCAAUUCUGAAUAACCAAAACAGAAAGCACAUAUUAUGUUACGUAGAAAAUAAACAUAAUUUAAUUAGUAGUAGCGGUAACAUGCUGGCACAACUUUAACACAUUAAGGAAUCCCUUUUGUUCUAUGAGGGAAUAUUAAUGGAAAUAUUUAAUCAUCCUCAGUGAUGAUUAAAAAAAAAACCCAGAUAAUCAGUAGAAUGAUCCAGUUUCAUCAGUUGUAAACCCAGUUGGUCACGAUUAGGUAAGUAAAAUUGGAACCCUUCAUACAAGUCGUUGUAAACACCCUUUUUAAUGCAAUGCACAUUUAAUAAUUGGUCUGUUCUUGUGAUAUAAAAAAGGAAAGGGUCAAAAUAAAAAAGGACAGUCAAGAGAUUUUCUUUUCAGGAAUAAUAGCACGCCAGUCAUAGUGCACUAUUUUCAUUGUACAUGUAGUCACUGAGUGUCAAUAUUGAGCAUGUUAACUUUGUUUAAACAGCAUGUGAUGUGUUCUAAAUUGUCACAACUUCCUAUAUUACCCAGAUGGGGUGCUGUGCAUACAGGCUUUACAUAAAGUUGCAUCUGCACUAUAUAAAAGGAUAUAGAAGCAUCCCAGUGCCAAUUAAACAUUAUGGGCAGGAUUUUUAAAAAACAGUGUUAUUGUAUCAUACUUGUGGUAUAUUAACAAGAGCUUUAGUAGCAAGUGAUUUUCAAACGAAACUUGUUAAUUAAAUCAAUCCAUUAAUGCUUUGAAAUUGAGUCGAUGAGGUCAUUUAUGACCGCAUUUCUCAUUAAAAAGCUUAAUUGUUGCAGGUCACGUACAUCACUUCCUGUCUCAGGAGAUCAAGAAAAAUAAAUGGAAGCUUAAUUCUCUGUUAUGGAAACUACUAGUGUCCAGCGAGACGGCUGUCUCACCUGCGAGCAGCAGCCAAAUGGAAAUUACAUCAGAAAUAAUGUGAAUAUCUAUUUUGUGUAUAAUUUGUGAACUUCUUUAAAAUUGUGCAUUUUGUCAUGCAGAAUGUACAUUUAUUUUGAUAACUUCACAUAUACAGUGCUGAUUUGUUUUUUGGAUGGGGCAGAGGUAAGCUGUAUUGGUUGACAUUUAUUUUGUCUACUUUUGCAUGUAUUUUAUUAUGUACGAUUGUAGGCUAUAAAUAAAUACGUUUGAAGCAUCA